CCAGCAGCAGCAGCAGCAGAAGAAGAAGAGAUAAAAUAGAAGAAUAGGAGCCAGAGUAAGAAGCAGCUUCAGCAUCGUCUCCCGGGGAAUCAAAGAGUGUUUCCCGCUGAACAUGGAGCCGCUGAACAUGGAGCCGGUGAACCCGGAGCUGGAGGACCAGGAGCCGGCGACGGAGACGCAGAUCGACGGCAGCCUGCUGGAGGGAGGCGGACAGAUCCUCCGGUUGUCGGCGGCGCUCAGCUGCAUCACCGGCUCGGCCAUCAAGAUCAGCAACGUCCGAGCCGGCAGGAGCUCCCCGGGGCUCAGGCCCCAGCACCUCAGCGGCCUGCAGCUGGUCUCGGAUCUGUGUGGGGGGGUUCUGCAGGGAGCCACCAUCAGCUCCACUGACGUCACUCUGACUCCAGGUCAGAUCCGGGCUGGGAACCACACGGCCGACACGCAGACAGCGGGGAGUGUGGGUCUGCUGUUGCAGGUUGCGUUGCCUUGUGCUCUGUACGCUGACGCCUCCUCACAGCUGAUUCUGAAAGGAGGAACAAACGCUGAGAUGGCUCCUCAGAUUGACUACACACUCAAAGUAUUUAAACCCAUCGUUGAAAAGUUCGGUGUCAACUUUGACUGUGACGUCAGAAUGAGAGGGUACUAUCCUAAAGGGGGGGGUGAGGUGAUGGUGGAGGUAAAUCCAAUCAAAGAGCUGCAGCCCGUCACCAUGAUGGAGAGAGGAAACAUCACCAAGAUCCACGGCCGAGCCUUCGUUGCUGGAGUCCUGCCCUACAGGCUGGCUAAAGACAUGGCGGCGGCGGCGGUAAGAACCAUCAGGAAGGAGAUCAAAGAGCUGUACAUUAAUAUUCAGUCGCUGCAGGAGAAGGAAAACGCCACCGGGAACGGAAACGGCAUCAUAAUCUUUGCUGAGUCGUCAACAGGCUGCAUGUUCGCAGGUUCCGCUCUGGGGAAGAAAGGUGUAUAUGCUGAUGAAAUUGGUUUUGAAGCAGCUGAGAUGUUGUUGAGAAACAUCCGACAUAAUGGCUGCGUGGACGAGUUCCUGCAGGACCAGCUCAUCAUCUUCAUGGCGUUGGCGAAGGGAACGUCUCGGAUCAGAACGGGUGCGGUGACGCUGCACACGCAGACGGCCAUUCACGUCGCAGAGCAGCUCACUUCGGCAAAGUUCACGAUAUCAAAGAGUGAAGACGAGCUGAGCAGCGGAACCUACGUCAUCGAGUGUGAAGGAUCCGGAGCCCAGAACCGCAGCAUGUAGCCUGGAGCCCCGCCCACCAGCAGCCGGAGCACGCCAGCCUGUGAUGUCAUAAUCCGCUCAGCUGCCCGGGGGUUUCAUUAAAUACUGUAAAAAACAAAUAAAAGUAUUUUCAACAUUCA